GGUGCGAACAUGGCAGCAUAUUGGUAAGCAUUCUAUUUACUACCCUGACUAGGCACCAGGAAAAGAAAAUAUUGACUGGGGUGCCUCAAGAACUUGCAUACAUUUAAAGGGUGCCCUGAUUGGAAAAAAAAGGUUGAUAAAUGCUUUUUCCUAUGGCAUUUCCAUCUAUGUCCAGCAGAGGGCAGAUUUGGACCUAGCAGGCACAAGGCACCAGGUUAGAAGGAACAGGCAGGCAGCAGCAGCAGCAGGGGGGUGGAGGAUGCAGAGGGGGAGAGAAGCAGCAAUAGCAGCAGCAGCAGCAAAGAUGGAUGGGAUGUGAACGAAGCUGAAUCUGGAACCCCCUCCAAGCAUUUGUGAUCAGGAAGACUUGCCACCACAUUGGGACUGCAGGCUGAGACCUGUGUGGUUGACUACCAGUACAUGGGAUUGUGCACUGGCCAGGAGAUCUGGCUGCAGACAUCUGGAUGCAUGUGACAGCUGUCUGUUGCUCCCUCCUUUGUGUGAUUCCCAGGAGGCUUGGAAUCCUUGGAUGCAGCUCUCUUCCUCAACGCUCUUCCCUUGCCAUGGAGAAAACCGUACCCAUCCUUCGCAUCCCCCCGACCUGAACCACUAGAGAUUCCAGCUACCCAUCCUUCGACUCGCACCUUCAAAAAUCGCCUCACAAUUUAAUCCAUUGCACCACCACCACCUUUACCGUAUCACCUAUUUUAUUUAUUUUUUAAUCCACCGUAGCGAGAAACUCAUCGGAUUUUUGCUGCCCUUUUUUUUUAGAAAUUUUUACCAAAAUUUUUGAUAUAUUUUUUUUCUUUUAAUAUUCUAUUUGCCGAGGGAUGUUUGGCCGUACGUGGGAUUUGAACAUGCAGAUUUUUUGCUUCUCAACGUUUCUGUCACGAGUCGUGCCUGAUUGAGGAUGCAAGAUCCAGGCUUUGGGAGGAAUUACACUGUGUUCUUUGAUUAAAAAAAAAAAAAAAAAAACAACAGAUUGCACAAGGGGAACGCGGCGAGGCAAAGAAAAACAUAUGCGAUGCAUCGGCUACACGGAGCUCCAGGCUUAUCCUGGUAAGACGGACACAGGCACCUGCCUUCAAACCCCAAUGGAGAUUUUCAACGGUGGUCUUGGCUGAGGAAAAAAAGGUGGGGGUCCCAUACUUAUUGACGUACCAAAUGCGCGAUUAGAUUUGUGUCAACGCUUUUUAUACCUGGGACUAUGCUGCUGAGGAAAAAAAAAUGACCAAGUGUUUCUGUGAAUUUUUUUUUAGAAAUGUUUUGAAAAAGAGAUUUUGAAAAAAAUGACUCAAAAUGUAGCAAGACUUUUUUAAUCGGCAGAAAUUCGGAAGCGAUCAGAAUGAAACCGGUGGAAGGAAUAUUGCAGCUGCGGUAGCUGCGACCACUUUUUCGGCGAUAGCGGCUCUUGAUCCAUAUGGGAGAGAUGAGGCUUCCGAGCGGCCUCUGGUAAAGUCGAGAGAAGUUUCGCCAUCUUCAGAAAAGUUUAAGAAGGAUCUCUUCGUUCGGGUUGCCGAAGCCCUUACCAGGAAAAAAUGCCGCGAAACCGGGCCUUUUCAGAGCCGGAGUACUCGGCGGAGUAUUCGGCGGAUUACUCUGUGAGCUUGCCUUCGGACCCGGAUCAUGGAGUCGGCCGGACGCAUGAAGUCACGGUGCGGAGCUCGGGCUGCUGUCUCUGCCUGCCGCGGUUUAUGCGGCUUACCUUCGCACCCGAGUCGCUGGAAAAUCUCUACCAAACUUAUUUUCGCCGGCAACGUCAUGAGACGCUCCUGGUUUUAGUGGUUUUCGCUGCCCUCUUUGACUGCUACGUUAUCGUUAUGUGCGCUGUGGUCUACACCCAAGACAAGUUGGCUUCCACUUUGGUGGCUGCGGUUGGGCUCCUGGCCCAUCUCUUGCUGUUCGUCCUAUGCAAGUUUGGGCUGUUACCGGAUCGUAUUUCCCGCAAAUUUGUCCCCUACAUCCUGUGGAUAUUGAUUGCCGCACAGAUUUUCUCCUAUCUGGGCCUCAAUUACGCCCACUUCCAUGAAGCCAGCGACACGGUCGGUUGGCAAGCCUUCUUUGUGUUUUCGUUCUUCAUCACCUUGCCCCUUCGCCUUACGCCCAUUGUCCUGAUCACCACCGUUUCCUGUGGAAUACAUACCCUGGUACUGGGAGUAACGAUCGCCCAACAGCAGCAAGGAUCCAUAGAUACCAACGCUCUGCUACGUCAGGUGUUGUCCAAUAUAGCCAUCUACCUGUGCACAAUCACUGUCGGCAUCAUGUCCUACUACAUGGCGGAUCGCAAGCACCGCAAAGCCUUUCUGGAAGCACGCCAGUCUUUGGAGGUCAAACUCAAUCUAGAAGAACAAAGCCAACAACAGGAGAGACUCCUCCUCUCCAUCCUGCCCAAGCACAUCGCUGACGAGAUGCUCAACGACAUGAAGAAGGACCAGAAGCAAAAGGAGCUGCAGCAGUUCAACACCAUGUACAUGUACCGCCAUGAAAACGUCAGCAUACUCUUUGCAGACAUCGUGGGCUUCACUCAGCUGUCCUCCUACUGCAGUGCCCAGGAGCUGGUUAAACUGUUAAAUGAGCUUUUUGCCCGCUUUGACAAGCUUGCAGCGAAAUAUCACCAGUUGAGGAUUAAGAUCCUAGGUGACUGUUAUUACUGCAUCUGUGGCCUCCCUGAUUACAGAGAAGAUCACGCCUACUGCUCCAUCAUGAUGGGUCUGGCCAUGGUAGAUGCCAUAUCAUACGUCAGAGAGAAGACCAAAACAGACGUAGACAUGCGUGUGGGAGUUCACACGGGUACCGUGAUUGGAGGGGUCCUGGGCCAGAAGCGUUGGCAGUACGAUGUGUGGUCCACGGACGUCACCCUGGCUAAUAAGAUGGAGGCCGGCGGCAUUCCUGGCCGCGUGCACAUCUCGCAGAGCACCUUCGACUGCCUGAAGGGGGAGUUUGAAGUGGAGCCGGGCGAAGGGGGCACAAGGUGUGACUACCUGAGAGAAAAGAGUAUUGUCACUUACCUGGUCAUCGUACCUAAGCAGCCAGUUAAUAAGAAUGGCAUCAAUGGAGUGAAGCUGUCCCUGACAUCAUCACAUGGAAAUUCCCCACAGCUGAUCAACACCAAAGAAUGUAACGGAAGUAUCCACACCACGUGUACUACACCCGAUGAGAAUGAGGAACUGGACACCAGAGUGGUGAACCCAUCCUUCCCCAACCCCCGCAGACGCCUUCGUCUCCGAGACCUGGCUGAGAGAGUCAUCGACGCCCAACAGAACGAGCAAGAGCUGAACAAGCUGUUGAAUGAGGCCCUCCUGGAGAGAGAGACCGUGCAAGUCUUAAAAGGGAAGUACACCUACCGCCUGUCCAUGAGGUUCAUCAACCCAGAGAUGGAGACUCGUUUCUCGGUGGAGAAGGAGAAACAGAGCGGGGCCGCCUUCAGCUGUUCCUGUGUGGUUCUGUUCUUUACUGCUGUUGUUCAGAUGCUCAUCGAUCCCAUGCUGGUGGCCAACUAUGUGACUUUUGUCAUCGGUGAAAUCCUUCUCCUGGUUCUCACCAUCUGCUCAUUGGCAGCCAUAUUUCCCAGGGUCUUCCCAAAAAAGCUUGUGGCCUUUUCUACUUGGAUAGACAGGACCAGGUGGGCGAGAAACACUUGGGCCAUGUCGGCCAUAUUUAUCCUCACCAUGGCGGACAUUGUGGACAUGCUCAGCUGCCUUCAAUACUACUCCACGACCUACAACGUCACCUCACAGUCUGGGGAGACCUGGGGCUGUGUGGAGAACCCCAAAUAUUACAGCUACAUCGCAGUCCUGGCCCUCAUCGCCACCAUCAUGUUGGUACAAGUCAGCCACAUGGUCAAGCUGACCCUCAUGUUGAUGAUCAGCGUCGCUGUGGGAGUGGUAAACAUUUACGCCUGGAAACCGAUCUUUGAUGACUAUGACAGAAAACGUUUCAACGGCUACGUAGCGAACCUCGUUCCUUCCAAAUAUUCCAUGACAGCAAUGAUUUUCAUCAUGAUGUUUAGCUUCUACUACUUUGCCCGCCACGUUGAGAAGUUGGCCAGGACAUUGUUCCUGUGGAAGAUCGACGUCCAUGAGCAGAAGGAGAAGGUGUACGAUAUGAGGCGCUGGAACGAGGCUCUAGUCACUAACAUGCUGCCCGAACACGUGGCCCGACACUUCCUGGGCUCCAAGAAGAGGGAUGAGGAGUUGUACAGCCAGUCGUACGAUGAGAUCGGGGUAAUGUUUGCUUCCAUCCCAAACUUCUCUGACUUUUACACCGAGGAGAGCAUCAACAAUGGCGGUAUCGAGUGUCUGAGGUUCCUCAAUGAGAUCAUCUCAGAUUUUGAUGCGCUGUUGGAUGAGCCACAGUUUCGAUGUAUCACCAAGAUCAAGACUAUUGGUAGCACCUACAUGGCUGCAUCCGGCGUCACUCCAGACCCCAAUCAAAAUGGAUUCAACAACACCAUAAAGAAGGAGGAAAUCUCGGACAAGGAGCGCUGGCAGCACCUGGCAGACCUGGCGGACUUCGCCUUGGCCAUGAAGGUGACAUUGAUGAAUAUUAAUUACCAGUCGUUCAACAACUUCAUGCUGAGGAUUGGACUGAACAAAGGGGGCGUCUUGGCUGGUGUGAUCGGAGCUCGCAAGCCACAUUAUGACAUUUGGGGGAAUACAGUGAACGUGGCCAGCAGAAUGGAAUCCACCGGAGUCAUGGGAAAUAUCCAGGUUGUUGAAGAUACACACGACAUCCUCAAGGAGUACGGUUUCCGAUUCGUGAGGAGGGGUCCGAUUUUUGUGAAAGGCAAAGGCGAGCUGCUCACAUUUUUUUUGAAAGGACGAGACAAACAAGGAUCCUUCAUCAACGGCUCAUCCGUCACUCUGCCCCACCAAGUGGUGGAGAACUCUUGAUAAGCCCAUUGUACUGUCAAGCAGCUAUCGCCCAGACAACCCACCAUGAAGUCCAAGCAGACUUAUGCCACCAAACCUGGAGGUAUUUCUCCAGUGCUUACCCUAAAAACACCAGGAAAACAAACGUGAAGAGACAGUAUAUUAUACACUUUCUUUUAUCUCUAAAGUUGCCUUUUUUUAAACGUUUCUGCUUGACGUCUGACCGAUCUACAGGUAUAAAGACCGAUGGUCUUAGAUAUUCGAGAUGCUGAAUUCAGUAGACUCAAUGGGAUGGACACUGAUGGCCAUCGGUAGAUACUGUAGAAUUCAGCUGACCCAAUGGGAUGGACAAGGAUGAGCAUUGAUAGAUACUGAAGGAUUCAACUGACCAACAGUAUGGAAAAGGAUAACCAUUCAUAGAUGCUGUAGGAUUCAGCUGACUCAACAGCAAAGACAAGGAUGACCAUUAAUAGAUACUGUAGGAUUCAGCAGUCCCAACUGGAUGGGCAAGGAUAACCAUCGAUAAGAUACAGUAGGAUUCAGCCGACCCAACGGGAUGCACAAGGAUAACCACACCAUCGAUAGAUACAGUAGGAUUCAGCUGACCCAACGGGAUGGACAAGGAUGAUCUUCGAUAGAUACUGUAGGAUUCAGCUGACCCAACUGGAUGGACAAGGAUGACCAUCGAUAGAUACUGCAGGAUUCAGCUGACCCAACUGGACGGACAAGGAUGAUCUUCGAUAGAUACUGUAGGAUUCAGCUGACCCAACUGGACGGACAAGGAUGACCAUCGAUAGAUACUGUAGGAUUCAGCUGACCCAACUGGAAGGACAAGGAUGACCAUCGAUAGAUACUGUAGGAUUCAGCUGACCCAACUGGACGGACAAGGAUGACCUUCGAUAGAUACUGCAGGAUUCAGCUGACCCAACUGGACGGACAAGGAUGACCAUCGAUAGAUACUGUAGGAUUCAGCUGACCCAACUGGA